UCACAGCAAAGCGAUAACACUAGUCUGAAAAAAAAUUACAGAUUUUUCAGCUUAUCUACUUUUGUUUGCUGUGCCCAGCAAACCCAUCCACGGCUGAAUAACAUAACUAUACCUUCGGAAUAUUGCAAUACCUGAGCCAAACUCACUCAGUAAUGAGUCGGUAUUAGCCUAGUUUCAUGUGCUACCGCGAAGCCUUAACUAUCUCUCUUUCCCUCUCAGACCAAAGAGGAAAAAAAAGAAAAGAAAGAGAGAGACAGCCAAGACACAGUCACCCCGUCCGACAUCAUCAACAAACAAAAACCCCACAAAGAGACGAAGCAGCCAGCCAAGCAGCCAGCCAGCCACCAUCUUAACAGGCUGCUGAAAGAGACACACACAGAGAGAACAGAGGCUAAUGCUUAUUUUUGAUCAACAGGUUGUUAAGAUGAUAGUGGACUCUGACAACCAUGACUGAGGACCUUAACCAGAAUUGAAUUACGAAAAAACAAAACAAAAAAUAAAGGACCGGACAGCAAACGUGACAGCUUGCAUAACAGCUCUUACGCAGAACACACACUUGAUCAAACUCAAAGCUGUAAUGGCCAGCUGUUAAGCGUACGAGAGGGGGGGGGGGGGCAGCAGCCGUGGACUAAAAGUAGCUGAUGCGACUUACAGUUGAAGACCUUCACAAGCAAAAGUCAAAGAAGCCGAAGAAUUUCAGCGCGGAUGCUCACGGACCUGCGAGGAGUUGUGUGGACCUGAUUAAGAAAUGGAAGGAUACUAGCUCUGGUCUGACACCUGGUUUCUGCUUUCCAUUACGCUGUGGAGUACAGAAGGCCAGUAGCCGAACUGCGCUGCUGGACGGACCGCUGCGGCGUAGGGUUAAACCGAGCCAUUUCAUCAGAACCGAUGCCAAAGCCAGGAGCCAGCCAUGAUGUUUAUAUAACCCGAUGAUCAGCAGAGAAAUGGUGAGGAAGAAGAAUCCCCCUAUCCGGAGUGUGGGAGGCGAGGAGGAAGAGGAAGAAGAAGGGAAGAGGCCAGCGGGAGAAGAGGAAGAAGAAGGCGAGGAGGAAGGGAGAGUGGGAGCAGAGGCCGAACGAAUAAACCGACCCUCCGAGCCGGAAUCCUCCGAGCGGGUCAGAGGAGAUGAGGAGCAGCAGGAGGAGGAGGAGGGGGGAGAGAGCGAGUGCAUUUCCUCGUCUGUCUCUCCCUCGUCUGUUGGCGAUCGCUACGGUAAUGAGGAGCGAGGGGGGAGGAGAGGAGGAGGCAGGGGAAGGGCAAAGCAAGGAGGAGCAGCGCUGACGGACAGGCCGGAGAGCCAGUCGGAGCCUGAGGACGGGGACAGAGCGGUAGAAGAAGGGGAGAGAAGCGACAGAGAAAGGGGGGAGGCAGAUCAUCUCACCCCUCCUCUCCUCUCUGCCCCGCACCUCCUCCCAAGACAGGAAGGAGGGGAGGAGACCACGACCGAUACCCCUCCGCUUUCCUCCAGCCCCUCUCCUAAACUCCAGGACUUCAAGUGCAAUGUGUGUGGCUACGGUUACUAUGGCAACGACCCGGCUGACCUGGUGAAGCACUUUCGGAAGUAUCACCUGGGCCUGCACAACCGCACACGGCAGGAUGCUGCUCUGGACACACACAUCCUGGCACUCCACAACAUGGCUCCCCAACACACACCUAUUGACAUACAGGCGGGACAAGGGCAGAGGAGCCAAGCCAAAGACUUGGGGAAGACAAGACCAGAGAUACAGAGUCAGCAGCAUAGGACAGUUAUGAUGAAUGGCACAUAUGACGUACAGGUGACGUUGGGUGGCACGCUCAUUGGAAUCGGUCGGAAGACCUCGGAUUGCCAAGGAAACACAAAGUACUUUCGCUGCAAAUUCUGCAACUUCACGUACAUGGGCAGUAAUUCCUUGGAACUUGAACAACAUUUCCUUUCCUCGCACCCAAACAAAGUCAAAACACCGCCAACCACACCCCUGCUGACCACAAAUAACCUGGCAACGCACGACAACCAGCUGAAGGGACGGAGUCAAGCCUUAGACGGGGCCGAACGAGUUGCGGUGCGCGCAGAGGACGACUCUUUGGUCGGGUACUUCAUCCCAGUUAGGUCUUGUUCGGAUUCAUCGGGCUGGGUGGGGGAGGUUGGUCGAGGCGCCGUGCAGACGUAUUAUUGGUGUAAAUCCUGCAGCUGGAGUUGCGAGUGGUCGGGGGGUUCUGCAAGGCUUUUAGAGCACUAUGAGCAAAGACACAAAAUGAACACCGGUGGUACUACGAGCCCCAACAACUCUAAUCCUGGUGGGAUCGACAGAGAGCGAGAAAGAGGAGGAAGGAGAGAUGGAGGAGAGAGAGACCAAAUGGUAUCAAAAGGCCGCAAAGAUCAGCCAUCCAACCUCUCCAGCACCAGCCAAGGAGACCCAAACAGCAGUGAUUCAGAAGCAGUUGUGACCAGUUAUAACUGUCAGUUGUGUGAUUUCCGGUACUCCAUGGCCCACAGUGCGGAUGUGAUCGUAGUAGCACCAUUACUACUGCACUACCAGCAUAACCACUCCAUCCACCGCUGCAGCAUUCAACACUGCAUGUAUUGUCCACAGGGUCUCUGUCAGCCACAAAAACACCUAGGGGAGGUAUCCCACCCAUUCGCUUGUCGGAAGCCCACCUGCCCCAAAUGCUGUUCAAAGUUCCCUCAACUCGCCAAACAGCAGGACGCCAUUGGUUCAAAACCUGCUGUCACCACCUCACCCAGCGUGACUCCUCCUAAUCCUAGAGGCGACCACAGUGGGAUUUCUGGUUCUACUUUUCACCCCUCAAACCCCGCCCAUCCUGUUGUCACACAAGGCGUCACCCACUUGUGUGACCAGUGUGCAUUUGCUACCACUGACAUUGACGUGUUGCUGCAACACUAUGAAAGCUGCCACAACCUGAUCAACCUAAAGGGGGCUCCCCCACAUGUCAAAGCUGAGGAAGAAGCUGCGGGAGACAAGGAAGGAGGGCGAGGAGGCGCAGGAGAGAGGGAGUACUCAUGUACAAAGUGUCACUUCAUUACAGAAGUGGAAGAAGAGAUUUUUAGACACUACAGGCGUGUCCACGCGUGUUGUCGCUGUCGACGUUGCGACUUCACGGCUCCAGAUUCAUCAGCCCUCCUCGACCAUUUCAACUCAGCUCACUGUCACGACUCCUCUCCCUCGUUAGGCUCAUUCACGACAACCUCCUUGCCCACCUCACUGACUCCUUCCCUAACACUCUUGGCCAAUGGCUGCUCAGCGCCUUCUACUUUAGCCAUUAAAGAAGAGAGCAAAGGGGAUAUCCGCCUCCUCUACUCCCUGGCGCCGCCUGAGGGACGGUUGGCCGAAGGUGGCAGAGAAGAGGCAGGCGGGCUGGUAAAAAGUGAGGGUGUUGAGGAGAAAGAAAGAGAACGGGAAAAGGGCUGGGUUCUUGGUGAGACAAGAGGACUGGGGGAAAGAGGGGGUGAGCAGGCCCACGGCUUACUUUGGGUGCCUAAGGAGCGAAUGGGACCUGAAAGAGGUGCAGGAAGUGGGAGCCCAUCUCUUUUCACCUCCCCACUGUCGCUGUCUUUUGUCCCAGCCAAUCACGAAGUCUCACAGCAGAAAAGAGGCGUGGCCUCACCUAGCAUGGUUUACCUGGGAGACACCAAGUCAUUUUUGGGAGAUACAAAGUCCUUUUUGGCAGAUGCCAAGUAUGGAGGAGGGAGACCAGGAUCAACCGCUUCAGGUGGGGCUGGAGCUGGCGAGAAGCAGAGCCAGAUGACCCCCCAGCAGUACACAGGAGGAGGAAGUACUGGUGGUGGUGGCGGAGGUGGCGGAGGACAGGAAGGGAAAGGAGGAGCCAAUAAAGAGGAAUCCCAGUCCUUGCUAAGGCGGCGCAGAGGUAGUGGAGUUUUCUGCGCUAACUGUCUGACCACCAAGACAUCGCUGUGGAGGAAAAAUGCCAAUGGAGGCUACGUCUGCAACGCAUGUGGUUUAUACCAAAAACUACAUUCAACACCCAGACCUCUAAACAUCAUCAAGCAGAACAACGGUGAGCAAAUCAUCCGCCGUCGAACCCGAAAACGCCUCAACCCCGAUUCGCUUUCGUCUGAAAACCCUGCCCCCAAGCAACAACGCAUCACCAGCGAAGAGCGCAUGAACGGGGAGGAAACAGACAGGAGCUGUGCGUCAGUCAAAAACCAGCAGCCUUCCCCUCGCUCACGCUCACCGCGGUCCACGCAAGCCUUCUUGGCCAAUCAAACAUUGGAGAUCCACAGGCGUAUGCCUCCUCUUCUCCUCCCCUCACAUGCCCCCUCAGUGGGAGCGGAGGGCAAUGGCGGUAUCACAGAGGGAGGUAUAACAUCGAAAGCAGAGGGGGGUAAAGGAGGAGGGGGAUCGGAAAGAGGCAGUCCAAUUGAAAAGUACAUGCGUCCGUCCAAACCGUCUAGUUAUUCACCUCCAGGUUCACCCAUUGAAAAAUAUCAGUACCCUCUUUUCUCCUUACCCCUUCCAUUAACCAUUUCACCUGAGUUGACCCCGGAGUCAGAUUGGCUCAGGUUCUGGACCAAGUAUAAGAUGGCAGCCGCCUCUGGGGUUCCUGGUAGCAUCAGUAAUCUAAGCAGCCCCGGGAGCCUUGGAAAUAACGCUCAUUAUCUUAGCGCGAUGGUGACUCCAGUACAACAUCAUCAGCAAAGCUACACGGUGCCUUACUGCGCCUCUCCCUACUCUCCUCUUCCUCCACCUCCAGCUCCUACUCACUAUCCUCCUCCUCCUCUUCACGUCCAAACCCCUACUUCAUCAUCAUUAGAAAACGAUGCUCCUUUGGAUCUCGCAAUAAGACAAAGAGAUACAAGUGCUGUAAACGCGCACGUGUCCACAAAUGGUGCCGAAAGGCGAAGGCAGGAGUCGCCGCUAACUGACAGGCUAAGAGGUAACUGGAAAGGAGAGAAAGAGGAGGAGGAGAGGACAGACGAAGGAGGGAAUCCAGGUGAGGAGAUAGGGAAGGAAGAAAAAGAAUGUUUGUCAACAUGUCAGUCAAGUGUCCCGUCUAAUCGCAAAAUGGUGGAGGUGGCCACACAGGAUGACCUGACCAAUCGAUGUGUCCACUGUGGGAUCUACUUCAUAGAUGAGGUGAUGUAUGCCCUGCACAUGAGUUGCCACGGUGACAAAGGACCAUACCAGUGCAGUUUUUGCCUCCACGUGUGCGCGGAUCGAUACGAUUUCACCACGCACAUACAGAGAGGCUUACACAGGUACACAGACAAAACGACGCAACAGAGAUGUCAAAUGCAAGACGGCAACAUUCAGAACGCUGCGGGAAUGUCGGAGCACGAGUGUCAAAAUGCGACAGAGGAGGAACGCGAUGAAGACGGUCAUUAUGAGACCACCGGCGAAGGUGAUGUAGUAGAAUCGUGUCAUGACAACCAAGCAAAACAACACACAGGCAGCGAUGGCACUGACAAUGAAACGGAGACUGAAAAAGAAGCAAAAGGAGAGGACAAUGCCGCGACAAACCAGGACUUGGGAGGCAAAAAGGUGUCGCACAUCAGCGAUGACGUCACGAGAAGCUCAGAGGUCACAAGUGUUGCUGGCUCUAAAAUAUUAGAUGAGAACACAGAUGGGAAUUAAUCGAUCUCUUUGACUCAUGCAAACCUUUAAGAGCGUUGUUCUUGGAUGAAUAAGCUGUAUGCCUUCAUGUUUCUGGAGGCUAGCUCAUGUCAAAAUGGGCCUAUCCUGGGCACUAAAAGGAACACAUCCUUAUGCUGGAAGCACCCGGCUGUCAAAUGGUCAGAAAUCAUUGUAGGAUCCAGCUGAACUAUAGCAGGGGCAGUUGAAGAAAUUGCCCGAAUCCUCUGCUGAGUGACUGCCACUUGACAGCUCUGUGGCAGGCAUUCAACAACAGGCAUGGAGUUGAAAUCACCUUUAAUAAGCAGCCACUUCAUGCGAUUUCCACAUAAGGGCAUUGGAAGCUGGGCUAAAAGUUGAACUGGUUAUAUUUUGGAUAACUUUUGGGAGCUCAGCACUUGCAUGGCCACCAUAAAGGAGAGCAAAAAAAAAAAAAGAAACUAGAAGCAAAAUAAUUAACCUGAACUGAACUGAGCUGGGCUGAUUACUUAUGCACCAUACUAAAAAAAAGCUGGUCCAAACUAGUCUAAUGUAUCAUUAAGACGGUUUUAUUUUGGUACAGCCAGAUGUGAUCUGGUUAGGAUUGCUUUGUUCUUGUCCAGAGCAUGUUUUUGACUGUUUUUUUUCUCUGUGCAAAUAGAUCUAAAACCAAAAUUCUUUUCUUUUUUUUUGACUAAUUAAAGCUGGUUAGUUUGAAACCAGUUUAUGCUGGGCUGCAGUUGAGUUGGUGUUACCUCGGUAAAAAGUGAUCAGUUGAUUUCUUUCACUUAGCCAGUUUUUUUCUGAAACUGAUCAAGUUCUUGGUUCUCGGGUUUUGAGUCAGCUGGGACUUUUUCGAACUGCUGAGCCAGUUUGACUUGAUAAAACCGGUUAAACUCCGGGCCGAAGUGUUUUCUCUAUCCGUUUGGAUUAAACCAAGUGACAUUAUUUUCUACCUUCCUCUGUGCCAUGAUACUAGCUAUGUGCCUGGCUGCCUGCCCAACAACCAUCUAGUACCCGCUUAACAUUUAUAUUAAUAAUAAUAAUAAUAACGGUAAUAAUAAUGAUGAUGAUGAUGCUAUCGUACAAAAAAAAUGCAAUUUGCUACACUUUCAUAUAUAAUAUGGUAUUUUGUAAAGGAAAAUGCUUUUUGCAGGAAAUGGUACUAUAAAAAUUAGCCUAUGUGAGUUUUUUUCUCUUGUUUUUGAGCUUCUUAAUGAGACUUGUUACAUUUAUAACAGCCGCCUAGUAGAAAUGGUACAACAAGGGAGGGAGGGGGAGGGGUGUGUGUGCAUGUGUGCAUUUGUGUAAUUGCAUUUCUACGCGUAAGGAUCAAAGGAUGUGUCCGUCCCCAAAUGAUGAUGUAAACAUAAUGAAGGCUUGCAGUUGGUUUUUCAGUCCUCAGGGGUCACACAUGUUGCACACCAACCCACCUGUUUCAUAGCAUGUGACACAUCAGUUUUACAGUACAUGGCCUAAUUGUGUUAGCAUGUCACAUAUUGUUCUCUUAUGUUCUCUUAUAUAUGUUCUUGUUGUGUUUUUAUGUGUUAAUAAGUCAACAUGGUCUCAGUAUGUAACUUUUUUUUUCUAUGUCUACGAAUUGUUAGGUCGCACAGUUUUACAGAAAGACUUAGGAACUUAGGGAGUAAAACCCCAAAUCUUAUCAAAAGGAACAACUGUUUUGAGUUAACUGUAUAAACCUUUGUUCUGUACUGAGUCUACAGAUGUUUUUGCCUACAGUGUUUGAUGUCAUAUUACUGAGAGUUUGGUACAACUUAGGUUACCUCUAUGUAGCAUGUUAGCACCUGCGAAAUCUACAAAAUAAGUUGCUUUUUUUUCCUAAAGGUGUGAGGUGUUACAUGAAAGACCUAAAUAAUACUGAAAGAACACGAGAUGACAUUGCAAAGUUAUGUUUUAAUAAUUCAAUGAAGUAAAAGUUUCACGUGGCUUGCAACUCCAUUUGACCCAUCGCACAUUACGCCAUCAUCAGUGAUUUCGUUGCUGUUUUUUUGGAACAGUUUCCAUAACUGAGUCUUAGUUUAAACCAAAUUUCAUCAGUGAGAAACUUCUAACAGUCAUGUCCUUGAAAGUCCCGCUGUUAUAUCAAAGUGGUGGCCAUCUUGUUUAUUUUUGAUAAAGAUGGGAUGACUUCUCUAGCCGUGUUGCCUUAGUUGCUAGAAAACAACAGCGACAAAAGAAGAAAACACCAACGGACUCUGUUGAAGGACAUAAUAUGUCAAUAUAAAAAUAAAAGACAGGAAGGAACGAGCUAAAGAAUGUGAGGGAGGGGGGGGGAAGCUAUUUUUCUAUGCUUAUCCAAAAAGACAUGAAUGACGAAUAUUCCACCUAGUGCCUGGUAACUUGUACCACUUUUCAAAUCAAUAUGUUUUGUUGUCUGCAUUAAAAAUGUUAUGUAAGCAAUGAGUCGUGUAGAACAGAAGGUGGGAAAGCAAACUGAUAUAUUCCUUUCCAUGCACUCACACCACCAAGUCAUCUGAGUCAUCGAUUACGAUUUCUGCCUGACCGAUCGGUCGGGUGUUUGUUCAAACUUUUCAUGUUUGCUUGCUGUGCUAAACUUUCAUUUUUGUGCAUAUAUUUACACUACUUUGUAGAAUGUUGAGCCAUAUGCCUCAGUUACUUGUAUGAGAGACACAAUGCCAAGAAAAGGACCUAAUUUGGAGAUUGAAACAGAGACACGGCCAUGUCACCAGGUCCCAUAUCAUGGUGGAUGCAAUGUUAAUUAUUCACACAUUAUUCUAAGACGGUUAGCAUUACAGCUAACUUUGCAUUUAUGCCAGAUAAACAGUUUAAAUUAGCUUUUUUUUUUUUAAAUUCUACUGCAUUGGUAACAGUCCAUUGCCAAGUAAAACUAGAACCACGUAUAGUUCCCCCUGUAAAAUUACAUUGGAUUGCUAUUAAGGUUGGAUUUUAUUUUGAUGCGAAUGUCGGAGCAUUUGCAACCAUUGUCAGUAGCUUGUUGUAGCUCUUUUUACCAAGUGGAUUGCCUCAGAAAAUUCCCAUCACUGGUUUGGAAUUACAAUUGUUCACUUAUUUUUAUUUUGAAGUUUUCAGAGAUAGUAUACUGCUAAUAGGUUUCUAGGAUGCUAACAGCCUAAGCAUUGCUCAUCCAAUUAAACCAAAAGUAAGGCUUAGAAUUAUAAAGUAAAAUUCAUUCUCUUCUCUAUUUAAAACUCAAAAAGAAAUAGCUGAACUUUUGGCUAAUUUUAAUACUUCAGUAAUUCAUUUUGAAGCAGUAUUUUAACUUUUAAAAAACUGCAUACAGCACUUAACAAAUUUAUCAGUCCACCUUUCAAACAAGAAACGGAAAUAUUUUGGAAAUCUUUGCAAAACUUGUUUAGAGUUAAGAAUUACAUAAAUUUUCUGGUAAAUAAAAGGAAUUUGUGUUUUUAUUAAGCAGACAUACUAGACUUCUUCUUAGUGGUCAGAAAUUAAUUAACUCAUUCACUGCCAUUGACGUCUAUAGCCGUCAAUUGCAGUGAAUGAGUCAAUGGGUUUA